AUGUAUACAGAUUGUCUGGACUGUCAGAAAAAAGAGGGUGGAGAGCUGAAGUUACACUUUGCAGAGCUCAGGGACGGUGCCGGGCCAUCGUAUUCCUCUUAUCCUGAGGAACCUCAGACUGUGCGGGACGGUGCCGUCCUUCCAACGGAUAAGAGGUUUAUCUGUACGGACUGCGGGAAGUGUUUCCGUUUGAAAUCUGCGCUUAAUGUUCAUAGAAGAUCUCACACAGGGGAGAAGCCAUAUUCUUGCCCUGAGUGCAAUAAAUGUUUUUCUAUGAAGUCCCAUCUAACCGCACAUCAAAGAUCUCACACAGGAGAGAAGCCAUAUUCCUGCCCUGAGUGCAAUAAGCUUUUUACCAUGAAGUCCCAUCUAUCCAUACAUCAAAGAUCACACACGGGGGAGAAGCCGUUUUCCUGCACUGUGUGCGGGAAAAGUUUUUCACACAGAUCCAAUCUUUACAGACAUCAGAGAUUACACACGGGGGAGAAGCCGUUUCCCUGUCCUGAGUGUGGGAAAUGUUUUCCAGAGAAGUCCAAUCUUUACAGACAUCAGAGACUGCACAGGGGGGAGAAGCCGCAUUCCUGUGCUGAAUGUGGGAAGUGUUUUUCAAAUAGUUACAGUCUUUCCACACAUCAGAGAUCGCACACGGGGGAAAAGCCGUAUUCUUGUCCUGAGUGCGGGAAAUGUUUUUCAGAUAAGGCCAAUGUUUAUACACAUCAGAGAUCUCACACAGGUGAGAAGCCAUUUUCCUGUGCUGAGUGCGGGAAAAGUUUUUCAGUUAAGUUACGUCUUGAUACACAUCAGAGAUUGCACACGGGAGAGAAGCCGUAUUCCUGUCCUGAUUGUGGGAAAUGUUUUUCAGAGAAGUCCAAUGUUUACAAACAUCAGAGAACUCACAUGGGUGAGAAGCCACUUUCCUGUCCUGAGUACGGGAAUGGACAUUCACAGAAGUCUUCCGUUCCCAGUCAUCUGGGAUUGGACACGGAGGAGAAACCAUUUUCCUGUACUGAGUGAGGGAAAUGUUCCUCACUCAAGUCCUGCCUCCCUUUACAUCAGGGGUCCCACACAAC